UGCUGGGUUAAUGCAUAAAUAGAGUAAAUUUCAACCAAUUAGCUGCUUGUCAUAAACUCAAAAUUGAUCCAUCUCUAUGGAGUGGUUACAUGUUGACACUGAAACUACAAUCCCAUGUGAUCAUACACUACGAUAUAUUUAGAGGCUACCAGGACAAGUUAUUGAACCAGUAUCCCUCUCUCAAGCAAGAAGACAUUUCAUGGACACAAGUUUCUCAGCCUAAACAGAAUCAAAUGAUUCACACUUGAAUUCAUUCACCUCCAUACAUGCUGAAGCCUUGGAAGGACUAAGAAUUUUUGCACUGACCAGAGGAAGAAAAUUAACAAAAAGCUAUGGAGAACUCAACCCAAGUCGAGUUAUUUUAUCUCUUUGGCUUACAAGAGACAUUUAACAACAAAUCGGUCUAUUUUAUCUUGUCUCUUAUCACAUACCUUCUCAUCAUCACUGUGAAUCUGAUUCUGAUCAUAACAAUCAUUCAGGAGAAAGGUCUCCAUGAGCCCAUGUAUAUCUUUCUGUGUAGUCUAUGUGUCAAUGGAUUGUAUGGAACUGCUGGUUUCUAUCCUAAGUUCUUACUGGACCUUCAGUCAGAUGUUCAGGUGAUAUCUUAUGAUGGAUGUUUCACUCAAGCCUAUGUAAUAUACACAUCUGUCAUGUGUGAACUUUCUACUCUAACAGUGAUGUCUUACGACAGGUAUGUGGCAAUAUGCAGACCACUACUAUACCAUACCAUUGUGACAUCUUUAACUGUUAGAAAGUUACUCUUGUUUUCUUGGUGUUAUCCUUUAUUUAUAGCACUCAUAGCAGUUAGUUUAACCGUCAGACUACCUUUGUGUGGAUCUCGCAUUGAUAAGAUCUUCUGUGACAUUCCGUCUGUACUGAAACAUGCAUGUCUACCCAUAACCAUCAAUCAGAAUUUGAACAAAUUUGUAAUAGUGGUUCAUGUUUUACAGAUACUAUUCAUUGUAUUUUCUUACAGUCAGAUUGUAAGGACUUGUGUAAAGUCAGCUAAGGGAAGGAUUAAGUUCACACAGACUUGUGUGCCACAUUUAAUAACAAUAUUUAUUUUCAUCACAGUGACCCUGUUUGACAAUUUACAAGGGUGGAAUAAUGUAAAUACUACGCUAAAUAUGCGUAAUGCAAUGGCUGUACAAUUCCUUGUUAUACCACCUGUCUUAAACCCUGUCAUAUAUGGACUUAACCUCCAGCAGAUUCGAAGGGCAGUUUUCAGAAAGUGUAAUGCACAUAAAAUCAUUGAUAUGAGAUGUUAGUUACAUGAUCCUAAACAACAGGGAGACUUCCUGAUAUCAGAAGCAUGGGUAAAAUGCACCGUGGUCAACCAAGAGUAGUCUUUUCUUUCAACCAAUCGAUUUGUCAAAAUUUUCCAUAUAUAGACACAUUAUAUGUGCCUAUUUAUCUUACCAUUUCUACCCAACUGCGUGCCAGUUAUGAUUUUCAUAGGGACAUAUUCAUGGAACAGUUUAAUUUAAUUUAUAAUAGUCUUUGUAUCUCAAAAUCAUUGUCUGUGGUUAAUCUACAUUCUACAAUCAUGGAUAUGAAAUGAUAGUUACAUGAUCUUACACAACAGGGAGACUUCAUCAUAUCAGAUGUCUACACAAAUAAUGGUCAAACCUGCCAAAACUGUUGUAAUGUUAAAUGAUGCCAUAUUUUUUUUAACCUUUCGUAGGCGGCGCAACUCUGGUUUUAGAAGAGUGGGGGGGGUCCUCCAUACAUUUUCUGGGGCAUCUAAUGCUAAUUUCCUGCAUUUCUACUAGUGCUGUACACAACAACAACAAAAAUCUUGGUCGAGCAAGAGUAGUCUUUUCUUUCGACCAAUCAAUUUGUCAAAAUUUAAAAAAAGAUUUUUCCAUUUAUAGACACAUCCAAUGUGCCUUUUUAUCUUACCAUUUCUACCAACCUGCGUGCCAGUUAUGAUUUUCAAUAGGCACAUAUUCGUGGAACACUUUCAUUUCAUUUAUAAUAGUCUUUGUAUCUCAAAAACAUUGUCUGUGGUUAAUCUACAUUCUACAAUGGUAAUCUAAAUGAAAAUUAUACAAAUCUAAAAGUAACUUUUAGUGCCACUGCCAACUAUGUAACAAAUGCCUACAUAAAGCCUACAAAACAAUGCAUCCUGCAGGCAUAAAAUAUCCCGAUACAAUUAAAUAUCCUAUAAAUCACAUUGGCCAUGCAUGGCCUGUCUGCAACCGUCUCGAAACACUGUAUCAACUGGGUCAGUUAUUUUAUGACGUUUCCACUGGAUCAGAGCAUUACAUUUGUCCCUUUCUUGCCGAGUGGUUAUCAAAAGAGAGAGAGGUGGAAAUAUUGUUCAAAUACUAUUGUCAUUCUUAACGGAUUCUAAAAACAGGACUGUUUACUUGCUGUUUGAGGUGUAGAAAAAUGACUUUGAGAAGCUCCACAGCUCAUUAGUGGUGGUGAGUUAAGGCAAUCAGAAAUACUUAUCAGACAAACUUGUUUCUCACAAGUAUAGCAUAGGUUGUGAGUUCUGCAAAACAUAUAUCCACUCCGACAUUGAAAACAGUAAAUUACCCUAACCAAGUAAGCAUUGCAGAUGAGAAAUUCUGUGAAUUAACCAUAAAUGUAGGCCACUACUGGUGAUAUUUGUAAUGGGGAAUUGAUAUAGAUUUGUGACUGCUUGACAAAAAAAAAGGUUUUCAUUACAGACCCCAUCUGUCAUACAGUAUUCCAUAAG